GUACAACUUUUUUUUCUGCGUUUGGGCGCAGAUGAUGUAGCCACAAUUCUGUUAGCCUUGCUGGUCCCGAUGAUCUAGCGGCCGUUCGUCCCUGGCCUUGUGGUCCCAGCUAGAAUGCACAAGCUCUAAUAAGGCUCUCGGAUGAUCAGGGGUCCUCCGACAACUUUCCUUCUGGUCUCACGCGCAGCUUGUUGAAAGACACCUUUCUUCCGUAGAUACCCAUUCUUGUCACUCUUUUCUUCACCGUCCUCGUUUCCAAUAGAUGUCGGUCUUCAGUCCACAUUAGAGAGAGAUACAAGAUGGCGCCAAAGCAGAAGGAGGGCGACGUGGUGUUCUCUCUCAAUGGGAAAUAUAUUUCUUGGGCUCAUACUGUUGUCGCAUACGCUGCCUUCAUAGGGGCCUUGAUCGUCGGGGUCUCUCUACAUUACCACAAAAUUGUAGAAAACGAACACUAUGGCUAUCCUGACGAGUGGUUUCCUUCUGUUUCUGCCACCAUUGGCGAUCGAUAUCCCGAACGAUCCGUUUUCAUGGUCUUCAUAGCCAUCACUUCGGGGCCUCGAUUCGCACUGGUUGGACUGUGGUAUUUUCUUACAAGAAGACCGAACACAAGCUUGCCAGGUAUUAUUGCAGCUACGGGUGUGUUCAGGACAGUUACCUGCGGAGGAUGGACAUACGUGACAUCUACCGACGACCACAACUGGCACGACAUCUUCAUGAUCUCGUACCUUGUGGCUACUCUCCCUUGGACGUUAGGGUGCCUCGCCCUGAGUCCACCAAAUCCUAAAGCCAUUCAAUAUCGAAAAAUUCUGGCCGGACUGUUUUUCGGCACUCUUGUGCCUCUAAUCUACUUUUUUAUUCAACAUAAGGUCCAUAAGGUGGCUGGUGCUUACACGAUAUAUGCAUUUUUCGAGUGGGCACUAAUUCUUUUCGAUGUGGGCUUUGACGCUGUCACUGCGCUUGAUUUCGAGACAUUUGAGGUUGUUGUGAAAGAUGUGAAGGGUCUCAGCAGAGGUGAUGCGAAACUGCUCAAAGAUUCAGUGAAGGAGAAGGAACGUGACAGUGCUCUUAUUCAAACCUCAACAUUCGAAGGACCCUACUACUGGCCUGCCAUGUUGGAUGCCACUGCUGACAUCCUCCAUGGCUUCUUCUUCUGGUCCAUUCUUACUUCACUGGGGGUCCUCGUCUGGUAUUUUCCAUUAUGGCAUAUGGGGAUCUCAGGCUAUGAAGCGAUGAUCAUGUGCACUGUCUCACCAGUCUUACUUAGCAUCCCUCCUAUUCGAUCCCUUGCCAUCAAAUACAACCGUUGGGUUCACAUGUCCUCCUUGGUAGGGCUCCUUGCGUGGCUUGUCAAGGAUCCGGCAUAUCGACUGUUUACUGUUUCCUUUGCUUUAGCAGCUGGAUGCCUGGCAUGGUCCGCGGAGUGGUAUGCUGAAAGAAGAAACUCGGCUCGUCUCCAAAGUCGAAUCUUGGCCUGGACGAUUGGCCUCAUUCUAUCGAGUAUUGCUAAGUUCGCAAAUCAUACAAACAAUCCUGUCUGGCCGAUCAUGAAUGCUGAAAAUGGUGGUUGGAAUAAGACUGGUUUGAUCGUGGCUAUCCUCGCUGUCUGGCGGUCUACUCGUCCGGUGUCCGUCAGUGGUGGGGAUUAUGUCCCUCCAAACGCCAAAAAGGGGUCUGGCCUAAUGGCAGGACUUGGCCUUGCUGGAUUGUUCUUCGGCAUGCAUUCCUUGCUCUCGGAUUCUAGUACCAUGAUUCUUUGGGUCUGGGAGGGGUUUCCAGUCCGAGGUCCAUUGGCUGUGCCUCAUGGUGCAGUCACAAUCUUGGCUAUGAGUGCAGGUCUCUUCGUCGGAAUCGCGUUACCGAGCUUCCUUACAUCUUGGACAGCAUAUGGACUCGGAGCCGUGGGCGCUGCAUUGCUCACAUUAUACCCUGAGUGGACCGGCUACUAUGGUGGUCUUCUCUUGGCUUUCUAUCUUAUGGGAGUGGCUCCCAGUUUGAUCGCAUCAGCAGUCCAACACAACCCGGCGCUCACUUUUGGGUUUGGCUACUUCAUUUACAACAUAAUGCUGUUAUUCCAUGUAUGGGUUGUGGCCUAUGCCUUUGUGCCUGGUGGACCUCUCGUGAGAGAGCAUACAGACUGGGUCAUGAUAACGACCAUGCUACUGGUUGGCGCUGGCGUUUUUUCGGUUUUGAUAACCAACACGAGCCAUCAACAGAAGAGCACUUCAAGCCCACGAGGACGGAAACAGACCGCCUACUAUCUGCACAUUCUACUUGCCCUGCAGCUGUUGACUGGCUCGAUCGCGUACCUCCGGUUCCCCACAAACAACUACGAGCCCUACCACAAAGACGAUAAGCUGAUCACAGCUGGUAUCUGGACUAUUCACUUUUCGCUCGACAACGACAUGUGGUCGUCUGAAAGAAGGAUGGCGGCUGCUAUCAAGGAAUUGGAACUCGAUGUGGUCGGGCUGCUAGAGUCGGAUAACCAACGGAUCAUCAUGGGCAAUCGUGACACUACCCAAUAUCUGGCCGAAGAUCUUGGUAUGUACGUGGACUAUGGUCCCGGACCAAACAAACAUACCUGGGGAUCAGCGUUGCUCUCCAAAUUUCCGAUUCUCAACUCGACACAUCAUCUGCUCCCUUCGCCUGUUGGUGAGCUUGCGCCGGCCAUUGAGGCUACUCUGGAUGUCUAUGGUACACCGAUCGAUGUUUUCGUCUUCCACUCCGGACAAGAGGAAGAUCCCGAAGAUCGUCGCCUCCAGUCAGAGUACCUCGCCAAGGCCAUGCGUGCGACUCCUCGCCCCGCCAUAUUGCUGAGCUACCUUGUGAUCAAGCCUGGAGAAGGCAACUACAACAUAUAUGUGGGUGAGAAGAGUGGCAUGCGCGACAUCGAACCGAGUGAUUGGGAUCGAUGGUGCGAGUACAUUCUCUACAAGGAUAUCAAGCGUGUGGGUUAUGCUCGUGUCAGCCGAGGUACCAUUACAGACACUGAGAUCCAGGUCGGCAAAUUCGUGGUGGGAGAACCAGCCUCAUAUUCUAAUGAGAGAAUCUCAGAGGAGCAAGUUCCGCCAGGCCGAAGAUUCCCAGCACUGUUCCGGGGAGAGGGUGUCCGUGGCCAUAGAUACCAUGUCUUUGAUGAACCAUGGUACUAUGCGUGAGACAGACAUUGACAAUAAAGACUACUUGUACGAUACAACAAAGAGGCAAGAUGGGAGGAACCUCUUCUCGACCAAUCGGAAAAGGGGAAUGGUUUAGAUGUAUUAGCGCGAUGUCUUAUCGUUAUCACGAGAAUAGUGCGGGGAGAAUGCGUCAGGUCUCAUAUGACUCUUCAAUGACUCUUGAAGUGACACCCUCUGCCC